AGUUAGAAAACUGGAGCAAGAAGCCCUGAUAGCAGCAGUUUAUUGUCAAUGCAGCAGAAGAAAGUAUCACUUUGAGCAUUUAUUUUGUUUCUUUAGAGAGGCUGUGUUAAACAGUGCAGAACAAUGUCGAGUUUUACUAUGAAUACCGUUUUAUCUGACAUGGGCUGGGAUGAGCGCUUUGCUAUCCCUGAACUCAACGCUGAAAACAAGGCGUUGUUGGAACAGAUUCGUAAAAAAGAGGUGGAGGCGCUACAACUGGAAGACAAACUCGAGAGAAACAAGGCUAAGAAGCAGUUAAUGAGCGAAGUCUUAAAAAGUGCUCAACAAGAGCUGGAUUAUACUGAGGCUCUGUGCAGGGCGAAGGAAAGCGAAGGAGAGAUGGAGAAACACUUCAACGCCCUCGCAGAAAGGGAGAGAGGUCGCCUGGCUCAGGAGACUGCUAAGAUGGAGAAUGACCUUCGGACUUUAGCAGAGAGGAGAAACAUGCUGGAGAACCAUAUCUACAAAGCCAAACAGAAGCUAGAGAAUUUUAGGAGCCAGAUGAACUGGAACAAGCAGACCAUGGAUUCCUUUUUAGAGGAAUCAGCGCGCAAAGAUGAGGACACUAUGGCCAUCAUCAAGUACGCUGAGCAGGAUGAGCAGAGGAUCAAGGCGCUCACGCUGACUUUAGAGAAGAAGAUACUGAAGGCCAAUGAAAAGCGCAAAGCACUCGACAAAGAAUUGACUGAGACUAUAUCCGCACAGAUUGCUUUGGAUAAAACUACAGAAAACCUGCAGCAGGCCCACCUGGAGACGCAGCAGCUCAUCCACCAGUGGGAAAGCACCAUCAAGCAGAUGAAGCAACGAGAUGCUGAGAUGCAGCAGUGUGCUCUGCAACUAGCCCAGUCCAACCACAACAUCAGGGAGAGGAAUGCCACCAUAAUAGAGAGGAAGCAAUUGUUGGACACUCAGAGAAACAACAACAAGGAAACUGAGAGGAAGAUAACAAUGUCCAAAAGACAGGCUGUGAAGCUGAGGCAGGAUCUGAAGGAGCAGGAGAAUAACUGCACCAGGCUGAAAGAUGAGCUGGAUACUUGCAAAGGCACACUGGACAGAGCAGGCUCCGAUGUGGAUUCAGCAAACUCAACCAUAUCCGGAUUGAAAAAAGACAUCCAGGAUAACAAUGACAAACUGAAGAAGGCCAGGGCCUUUAACGUCGCUCUGGAGCAGAAGCUGAAAGUUGUGACUCAGACCGCCCUCAAUGAGGAAGAGAGAGCUGCACAGAUGGACCUCCUCCUCACAGAUGAAGAACAAACAAUCAAGGAGUUGGAUGUCCAGCUGCACGACUGCAGGGAGGAGUUUUUUUGUCGUAAAGAGCAUUUGCAGGCCCUCAAGACAAAAGAGAAGAAUUCUAUUGCUCAGGUUUCAAGGAGUAAGUCCACCAUCAACAGCCUGAAGAGCCAGCUCACAAAACUGGAGAGAGAAUUGAUGAGACAGCAGUGGACGACCACUGAACAGGACAACAUGAUUUCCAUCCUGAAUACAAAACUGGCACGGCUGCAAGGCGAAGGUCAUUCUGAGGAAAAAGACAUGUUGGACAUAAAGGUCGCUGAGCUGACCAAAACCCUCGACGAGCGGAAGAAGACAGCCGACAUGCUCAUCAACACGCUCAAGGAGUCUGAGGAUGAUAUUCGCUAUUUGAGGAAAGAGAUGGAGAAGUCGGAGGCUCGAAAGAGAAAUCUGACCGACAAGGUGGAGGAGCUUAAUCUUCUCCAUCACACCAACAAAAAGGAGCUGAAGAGAUUCAGGAUCAUGAAACAGGACAACAUGGUGGAGCACAACAUCAUGAAGUUAGAGGUGAAGCGUCUGAGGGAUCUGCUGUAUGACAAGACGGGCAGCGUGCUGUCUCUGGAGAAGAGGAAGCUGAAGCUGCAGAAAGCCAUAAAGGACCGAGAGGAAGAGGUCAAGGUGUACAGAGAAAUACUCGGCCAGCAGCUCAAGCUCAUUGAGCAGGAGAGGCAGAAACUCAGUGCUGAACUGAAUGACAAGCUGUCCAAAAUCGACUUGAUGAAGAAACGCUUUGAGGUUGUGACGCUUUCAAUGGCAGCUCCUGAGGGGGAAAAAGAAGAAACGCAGGCUUACUAUAUCACAAAGGCUGCACAAGAGAGAGAGGAGCUCAAGAGGAACGGAGACAGUCUGGAUAUUAGAAUCCGCAAGAUGGAGCUGGAAAACAGAGCUCUGGAGAACACCAUCCAGCUGUUCAACAACAGCAACUCAUCAUUUAGCAAAUCCCUCAACAAAGUCAAUGAAUCCAGUCCAGAGCACCAGGAAAAAGUGAAACUGGAAGAGCAGUUGAGGGCGGUGGGAGAGACGCUGAAGCACAAGAAAAGACAGGUUCAAGAGCUCCAACAGGAUUUACAGGACAUGAACAAUACCUUGGAGAGUCUGCUCCAAGAAGAGAAGGCGGAGAAAGACAAGAUAGAGCACAAACAGUCCCUCAUCGGGAAACUGAACAAAGAAAUCUGUAGUCAGCAGGAGAAGGUUUACAGAGUCACAAAGCAGUGCUCCAAGCUGACCAAAGAAAUCCACUCAGCCAAAAACACCAACACAGAGACCUUUGAGGAGAAGGACAUUAAGCUGAGGGAGUUGAAAGAAUUCUAUAAGAGUAUCACCAAGAAGCUGAUCGACACCAUGGAAGACAAGCCUGACCUCAGAUCAGUGGUGGAGAAAUACUUCCUGCAGGCCAAUCUGUCUCUUCCAUCUCCGUCUUCCACUCCUUCCAGCCAGCGGAGCUCCAAGACGACCACCCCCCGCAGCUCCGCAUCUUUCAGGUCUCCUGCGUCCUCAGCCAACAGCAGCCCCCGAGCGUCUGCUCUGCAAUCCCCCCUGCUGAAGACUGUGGAGCUGGGCCUGGAUCUGUCCUCCCGUCCUCUCUCCACCUCUAGGGGAUCCAGCUCUGCCAGCAGCGGCAGCAGCAGGAAGUUAUAGAAGCCGCAGUGAAGAACAUUUAUUAUCCUGCUGCUGGGGAUGAAGAGCAAGAGAAUGAGGACUAUAGGUUUACACUUUGUUUCAGUUAUAAGACUUUGUUCAUGUCACUUUGUAGUUAUUAUACUUAUUCAUGUGAAUCUAAAAAUACUGGAUGUUCCCAUAGCGUGACUUAAAUAAAGACACACUAUUAAAAAAUGA